CAAUGAGCGUUGCAGAUGUUAGCAAGGUGAACUCAGUUGCCCAAUGAGAAGGGCGAAUUCUGGUGCCUAAAGCGAAGUCCACUUACUUUUCUGGAAGCUUGGCGCCUAGUAAACGAAACUGUGGAGGAAUCGGUGGGGAUUUGAAUGUUGGUGGACCGCUUCAGUCCUCUUCCACCUCUUUGAAAAGACUGACAGAGUCCAUCACUCAGACGGCAAUUGACCGCGGUCGGUGCCCAGCCAGCGAAGCGGGAGCCAUGCCUGUCCCCGCUGGAUACCUCAGCGACUCCCCCGCUGCGGCCUUCGCAUCCUCGGCCUCUCUUAUCCCACCGCCACCGAUAAACACCCUGCAGCCCGGCGUUGUCACCUCGCUGCUGUACAGCGGCUCUAAGUUCAGGGGCCACCAAAAGAGCAAAGGGAACUCUUACGACGUGGAGGUUGUUUUGCAGCAUGUCACCAUGGAGGAUUCCUACUUGUGUGGCUACCUGAAAAUAAAAGGACUGACUGAGGAAUACCCAACUCUGACCACGUUCUUCGCUGGAGAGAUCAUCAGCAGGAAGCGGCCGUUUCUCACCCGGAAAUGGGAUGCAGAUGAAGAUGUGGAUCGUAAGCACUGGGGCAAGUUCCAGGCCUUCUACCAGUAUGCAAAGACAUUUAACUCGGAUGAUUUUGACUAUGAGGAUCUGAAGAACUCUGACUUUAUUUUCAUGAGGUGGAAGGAGCAGUUUCUGGUCCCUGACCACACGAUAAAAGACAUCAGCGGAGCUUCCUUUGCCGGAUUCUACUACAUAUGCUUCCAGAAAUCCACAGCAACGAUCGAGGGCUACUACUACCACAGGAGCUCUGAAUGGUACCAGUCCCUAAACCUCACCCACGUUCCCGAGCACAGUGCAGCCAUCUAUGAGUUCCGGUGACCCCGGCCGGCAUCGUGGAUCUUUUUUUUGACGGACAGAGACUUAAGGCAAAAGCAGAGGUCUGCAGAUGCUGCUGAGGAGGAAGAGGAGGAGGAGAAGGAGAACGACUAGGGAUAAGAAGUUGGGUUUUGGAGAAGUGCAAAAUCUUACAUGUUCCCAAUAGGUGGACGGACAGCUGAUUGACCAGGGGACGGGAUAUCAGACUAAUGAAUGUAUGGAUUAGAUGAGAAGAACAGAAGGAAGGAAGGAAGAAAAGUGCAGUUCUUCCUGGCUGGAGCUUGUAAAGUUAGAACCAGCAGCAGAGACUGGGUGUGGCUCAUAUAAUGUACCCCUUUUUUUUCAUUCGUUUAAACAACGCUUGGCGCAGCAUCUCGAGACAUUUUAUAAGCUGAGUUGGGGGAUUCCCCCUUCUUGUUUUUUCGACUAGAAACGUCUCCAGCUCUCAUCCCGCCGAUGCCGAAGGAACAACAUAAAGACACCUUUUGACUAUCGGACAAGGAUUCCUCUGAGGAGUCUGCUCGCAUUAACACCACCUCAAAAGAAGUAAAUUGCCAAGUCUCUGUGUGGAA